GAGGGAGGGAAGGAGGGAAGUAGAGAGCGGCUGUGUAAUGGAAAGCGAGAGAAAAGGCUAUGAACGUACACAGGCACAUCAACAGAGGAUGCAAAGUCUGCCUUGCCUGUAAGAAGAGCUUUUGAGAGUGCAGCUCUGGGCAAUAUAUGCCCCUUCUAUGUCUUUUUCUGAUUCUAGUGCGACAUUUCUUCUGAAUGAGGGUUCUGCUGAUUCCUACACAAGUCGUCCAUCGUUAGACUCCGACGUGUCACUGGAGGAGGAUCGUGAGGCUGCCCGCCGCGAGGUGGAGAGGCAGGCUCAGGAACAGCUCGACAGAGCCAGGCUCAAGCCAGUUGCAUUUGCUGUUAGAACCAAUGUCAGUUACUGUGGUGCAUUGGAUGAAGAAUGCCCAGUCCAGGGAACCGCUAUCAACUUUGAAGCCAAAGAUUUUCUACAUAUCAAAGAGAAAUAUAACAAUGACUGGUGGAUCGGGAGGCUAGUGAAAGAAGGGGGAGACAUCGCCUUUAUUCCGAGCCCUCAGAGGCUAGAGGCCAUUCGAGUGAAACAAGAGCAAAAAGCAAGGAGGUCUGGAAACACCUCUGGUUUGGGAGAUAUUGGAAAUCGGCGUUCGCCUCCCCCAUCUAUAGCCAAACAGAAGCAAAAGCAGACAGAGCACAUCGCACCCUAUGAUGUUGUUCCAUCUAUGCGGCCAGUAGUUCUUGUCGGUCCAUCUCUCAAAGGUUAUGAGGUGACAGACAUGAUGCAGAAGGCCCUCUUUGACUUCAUGAAGCACAGAUUUGACGGCAGGAUCUCCAUUACUCGGGUAACAGCUGACUUGUCUCUAGCCAAGCGCUCAGUACUUAAUAACCCAGGACGGAGAGCCAUCAUUGAACGCUCAAGCACCCGCUCCAGCAUUGCGGAGGUACAAAGUGAAAUUGAGAGGAUAUUUGAACUUGCCAAGACUCUCCAGCUAGUUAUUCUAGAUGCGGAUACAAUCAAUCAUCCUACUCAACUGGCCAAAACAUCCUUGGCACCCAUCAUCGUCUUUGUCAAAGUUUCUUCUCCUAAGGUGCUGCAGCGACUAAUAAAAUCCAGGGGGAAAUCACAGAUCAAACACCUCAAUGUCCAGAUGUUGGCUGCUGAGAAAUUGAUGCAGUGUCCUCCGGAAUUGUUUGAUGUCAUACUGGAUGAGAAUCAAUUAGAAGAUGCCUGUGAGCACCUUGCAGAAUAUAUGGAGGUGUACUGGAAAGCUACACAUCACCCCGCGCACCAACACCCUAGCCAGAACCUAAUGACACCACCCACUGCCAUCCCCGGUUUACAGAACCAGCAAGUUCUUUCGGAUAGAGCCAGUGAGCACUCCCCUCUAGAACGUGACAGCCUAAUGCAGUCAGAUGAGGCUAGCGAAACCUCUCGUAAAACCUGGACGGCCUCUUCCCAGAGGAGCUCCCGCCACAUGGAGGAGGAAUACUCUGAUGCCUACCAGGACCUGUACCAGCCUCAUCGGCACCACAACAGUGGACUGCACAAUACCAAUGGCCAUGACUCUCAGGAUCGCCUUCUGGAACGUGACUCUGAGCAGAACCACAAUGACAGGAACUGGCAACGCAACCGCCCCUGGCCCAAGGACAGCUAUUGAGAGGAAUCCCUCUCCACACACCCAUCCAACACACAUACACACACUCCUCCUGCAUGGCAGUGCAUGCCAUGAGGCACAGCCACCAAGUGUAAAUUUCCGGGUAGCACCAAGAGGCAAAAAUGCAGUGUGGGAGAAAAGCAGCCCUAUCCUGACCGGCCUGCAAAAAAUACUAAAGGCAAAAGGGCUGUUUAUGGGUAGCUGAGUCAGAAAGCAGAGCCAAGAUACAACACAUGGUCUUGUGGUUUACAGGUAAAGGCAGUGUAUUACUGAAAAAACGUAACAAUCCUAAAAAAAAAAUCACUAUCACCGUCCUUCAAACCCUUCAGAUCCUAUGGUGUUAUGAUGACAAUUACACUACAGAUACUGAGAAUUUUUUUCCAAGACUUUCCAUGCAAUAGUGCUGGGAAUCAAGCUCUGACUGCCAAGGUACAAACACUGGGGUGUCAUUAUCUGCCUUGUCUCUAUCCAGCUGAUAUGAGCUGGCAGUGUGAUCACCCCAGGAUAGGGUUACAACUCUCCAUCUUGUAUUGUAAUGACACAAACUAUAGCAUAUACACUUUGUGUGGAACAGGGAAGUAAAAGCAUGAUUCAGCGUAGACAUUUAAAGUGACAUUGUCAGUUUUGCACCUGCUCGGGACAUUGGGGGCAGUCCAAGGUGGCACAUUUGAGGAGUGUUCAAUGAAACCAUCUUAUUUGCAGGAAUCCUAAAAGACAAUCUGGCCAUACUGAUUAAGUUAAGAUGACAUUACAUGAACAGGAUUGAAUCCUGUACUCUCAGGACAUACUGGUGUAGGGAAUGGACAUCAGAUACAAAGGCUUUGUACGCAUAGGCAUCAGCUUGUAUAAGAGCACACAUCACACUUUAUAAAUCUGUCAGUAAUCUUUAAAGUACAUUCCUGAAUUUUUUAGGGAACCCUUCAGCUAUCAUUUGGAGACAAUAAUAUGGAUCAGAAUGUUUGUUUUGGCUGCUGCUAGCAUGCUUCAGCAGCCUGUGGACAAGUUUCAAACAUUGCUGCAGUUUCCUGAAUGCUUGCUAGCUGCUUGUUUGAAGUGACAAUCAACUCCUCCAUUACGAAUUGUAUUCAACAUCCUAAAAGUGCAGAUGAUAGGUGCUUUCAAGGCUUUGAGAACACAGUUUGAAUCAUACUGAAAGCCUUGCAUUGCCUUGUAACUGAUUGCUGAACACACUUCUCUUAUGUAAACUGAAGCCUGUGUGUACAAGGUCGAAGACACAAGCAGGGUAAGAAGUAUGUGUUCAAAAAGCUAUUGCCUUCUGGGGGACUCAGUAGGACUGCCAAACAGCAAUGUUUCUAUGAAUGUUCUUACAUAGUCCACAACUGUGUUGCAAACAUUGUCAACGUUGUGAAUAUUUGCAUGCUGUAUAGGUUAGGUGUUCAAGCACUAUGGCCGCCUAGCCUUAACGAUUUGUGGAUUACUGUGGCAACCUCACAUAAAUGAUGUACAACUCUACACGUACCUUCCACCUCCCAAUAUCUGUAAAUAAGAAAGCAGGACAUGUAAAACCGCUGCAAUAUGACCAACCCCCACCUAAAUCCAUUCAACCAUAUCGAUUUCUAUAUAGUUCUAUCUUUUUGGGUCCCAUGCUUGUGAAUGCCUUGACAAGUCUGGGAAGUCAGAAUAAUAAUAAGUUGGAAAGUUGAUCUUUCCCGUCCAGUCACUAUUUAAUGCAGCAAAUACAGAGACCUUAGAAAAAAUGUGCUGCUAUUAUACAUUUUUGUUCUCAAAUACCCUAAUAUCUGGCCAAAAUUCUUGCUGUGAUUCACUUUUGUGACCUGGGAACAAUUUCAUCAUGUCUUCAACAAGUGUGAUCUUAAUUUUAGUCUGUGGGAUGACAAAAUGAAGUUGGUCACAGAUCCUGGAAGUAGACUACAGCCAAUGGAUUAGGAGCCAUACAGGUGAGUGCUAUUUUGAUAAUCUACUCACCACCCAUAAUUUAUAUUUAUAGCUAACCUGGAGGUCUUCUUUACAGCAGCAGAUAGACUUCUUACCAGCUGCUGGCUUGAACACAUUUACACUAAUAUUUUUUAUUAGUAUCCCAACAUGGAUUUAUUGAUCCUAACUAUUUUCUGCAAAGCACAUAUUUCACAUGCAGAACACCCAUAUUCCCAAGCAGCCUUUGUACUAAUGUUUUGAUUCUGGAAUCUUAAUUAUAACUUUUAAAAAAGCUAAUGAAGCAUUCCACCAUAUGUUUGGAGCUUUGUGCUAGUAUGGUUCUUAUGUAAAGCCUACCGCACUUUAAAUGCAGCCACCCUUUGUUCAUUUUAUUGCAGCAUGUUGUGUAAAACUAUUAUUAUUAUUUUUAUAGUGUUUGCAUGUUAAAACACAUAGCUUCAGGCAGACUUGACAUAAAUGACAAGUGACCCAUUCUGUGACAUUCAACAACACAUAGUGGAUAAAGCUGGGUCUGUCACAGCAUCAAGGGAAGAAACUCAGAUAAUUUAAUUUACUAACAGUGUGCAUUAGGACACCUUUUUAAAGUGUAAAACCAAGGAAAUUCCACUGGGGCUGCCAUAUAUAACACCAAAAAAAAACCUGAUGACCAUUAUUUAUUCCCCUAUAAUACCUGAUUGACAGCUACCCCACAAUGCUAAACUAAACCCAAUAACAAAAAUGUAAUAAUUUCCAGCUUACUAGUGUUUAUAAUUUGUUGGUUGCAUUAAUUUUCUUUUUUUAAGGUUAAGAACAUUUUCACCAAAUACAGAGGAUCCCUGUUGAUCUUCCUAGAAAGGCAGUGUCCUUGUUUCUUCCCGUGAGCUAACCUGGAGGCAUCAAACAAUGUUAUUGUAUUUAUGUAAACUACUAACCUACUCAUCCCACAUGUAGUGAAGAUAAAUGUUAUAGUACACCCAUGGACAGGUUAAUUCAGACCACUGGGUAAAAAUAAAGUGAAGGCACAAUAUGUUAUAUUUAUGUUUUUUAAGGCUAAAUUCACAAGGGUGGUGGAGGCAAAAGCUUUCAGUGCUUUGUUGUUUUAGCCUCCGUUCAGUCAUUCAAGUGUUGGUGGUACAUAAUGGCCAAAAAACUUUUCUGUGUUUUUCCUGAUGUCUGCUGGGUACUUGACACUGAAAACGAGCCAGAUGUCCACUUCACCAUGUGAACUGAGCCUGAAGCCUUUCCACAUCCAAAAUACCUCUAUUUUCAUUUGAAUACUUACUGUGUAUGAGCUGAGCAAAGUCUGAAUAUUGCAAAAUCUAAUUUUGUAUCUUAAAACGGAGCUCCAGUCUGCAGCUGCUGACUGUAGCUGCUGACUUUAAAUAUAAGGACACUUACCUGUCAAGGCCACGAUGUCGGCACCCUAAGCCAACAUUGUAAGUAAGGGAAACCAGCAGUGAAGCCUUCAGCUGAACUUUCUGAAUGAUCCCAACGUCUUCAGGGACCUGUGUGUGUCCCAGAAGGCAGCGGGGGAAAGAAGGAGGGCCCGGAAAUCCUCAAAGAUCAUCUCCGUAUUCUGACCCAGAAUUGGGAACGGGUAUCUGUCAAAACCAGGUACCCGCUCCUCCCUCCCCCCCAAAAAGUACCAAACGUGGCAGUAAAGUGGGGGAGGGUGCGAAAACAAGCAGGGCUUCCCCUUUUGGAUGGAGCUCACUUUUGGAAGAGCCAAAGAACCCCAGCAAAAACUGGGCAGUAUACGUCACAUAAAUAGUAAAGUGUGGUACAUACUGUUACCAUCCUUUAGAAGUAAGCUUUUGGAAUUGUAAUUGGAGGACUUGAGCAUUCAGUGUUUAGCUCUGUCAUACAGAUCAUAUUGUUUUUAUUGACCCCCAAUUUACUUAUGAUACUGUCAUAGCAAAAUCUAAAGAUCUCUGUAAGAUUUGGAUUGAGGUAAAUUGGAAAAAAAAAGUCACAAAAUAGCAUCCAAGUAAACACGCAAGCUUGUAUAUGGUAUGGAAUGGCAGGGAUGGGCAGCAUUAAAUGGCAAAUUCUAACACAGCCAAUUGAAGAUGUUUCUCCAAGUAUUUGGUUAUUUUUACUUAACACCCCUUCCAGAUAUCUGUCAAAUACUUUGAAAUUGCAUGCAUUUGACAGAUAAUGUGUGUGGGGAGUGAUUUCAGGAUAAUGGGAGAAGAUACACAAAUACCUUACAUAAAGCCAACAGACAAUCAGACAUUUGGUCAUAUAUAUUUAUUGUAAAAUUCCACAAUGAUUACAUACAGUGCAUAUUACUUUUGGUAGGUACAACGUAGAGAGCUUCAUAAAUUGAUCCAGAAUCAUCUUUAGAGCUCAGAUAUGUUUAUUUCCCAGAAGGCAUAUUCAGCUCAGUAAAUACACACGGAGCUAACAUCACGUUAUAGUGCAUUGUUUCAUUCUAAAGACCGGAUCACAGAUAACGAUAUGUUAUGUCAUUAUAGGAAACCAUAACCCUUAAUAAAUUCAGUUGGAUAGAGAUUUAAUAGACCUUGUUUUUUGCUACCAUUAGCUAAAAAAAAUAUAAAGAAAUAUAUAAAUAUAAUAUAAUGAAUCCAUGCAACCUUACAGUAAUAUAUAUUAUAUGAUCAUUAGAGGUCACAAAUGAAAGCAAGACAUUAACUGUAUAUGACUAAGUACCUUUAUUAUCUAUACCACUCUAUAUUUUACUGCCAUGUCUCCCAACAUUCCUGUCCCAAAUACCAGAGAGAUUUAUGUCAAGAUUUGAACUAGCCCAGGCUCUCUUGAUUUGCACACAUUGGGCCUUAAUUUGGCAUGUCAAUAAUGACAAGCUGCUAGGUUGUCUUUUGGUCUCAGUAUAUGGGGAAAGCUGGGGGUUAGGCCAUUUUUUUUUUGUAACCCACAAGUGUUCUUAAAAAGUAUAAGCAUAUAUUUUCUGAAUUGAUAUAGAAAGCUUUCAAGAACCUUCUAAUAUACACCCAUAAAAAGCCUCUUGCAUUGUUUUUUUCUGUGGACAGUGGAUAUUAAUUGUUUUUUUGUGUGGCAUAACGCACAAAAUAAAUAGUUUGGUUUCCAGAGGGGUCGCCCCCUUAUGGCACUGUAUAGAAAUUAUUAUGAAAGUAAAAAGGUAUUAAAGCAAACCAUUAACGAAGCUUAGCUCAUACAAAUCAGAAAGUUAUAUGUAAGUUCAGCAGAGUAUUAUGUACCUAAUAGAAAGGGUCAUGAUGGAUGAUUUGCUCUACUCCCUUAUGAAAUAUACAUCUGCCAAUACUUUUUUUGGCAUUCCGAAGUACAGGUUUUGAAUGUAGAAACACCACCUAGCUCCGUAAUGUCAAAAAAAAAUGUAACUUAUGUUGAUCCUCUCCUAAGCAGAGGAGCUGUUCAGUGGACUAUUGAAGUAAUCGGGAGUCUUUUGCAAAGCAAAACCAUUCGCCUCCAAAUGUUAGCAUCAAAUGCUCCCUUGUGGCAUGCAAGUUUCAAAAAGGCUCCUUUAUGUUCUAACAAAAAAGCCUUACUAGUCCAUUUUAUGCACAGAUUAUGGACUAGCACCUUGGAUAGUGAGACAGUUGUCUUAGAUUCAGCAUUUACAGAAAUUAUCCACAAUAUCAUCAAGUUUUUAUUAGUGAAGAUCACAGAGAAUUGAGAGGCAGUUCAGCCAAAAGGUAUUUUUAUGGAAAUAUGUCUGAAAACAAUUGUCUUUUUGUUUUCAGGUUAUUUUAAUCUAUAUAUAGAGAAAAGGGACAAAUACUGUACAUAUUAAUCACUACCCCCCGUGGAUCCAAUUUCAUUUUGAAAGGUGAAAAAAAUAUAUAUACACAUAUAUUAUAAAUUGUAUACAAUUUAUAAUAUAUACACAUAUAUUAUAAAUUGUAUACAAGCUAUUUUAGCCAUAGGUUUACAAGACAAAAUAAGCUUUAAUUAGCACCUUUGCACAGGUAAGGCAAGAGGGGAAGUAACAACUCCUCUUUCCAACAAAUCUAGGGCUAGUGGAAUUAGUUGCAUUGAUCUCAGUCUGCUCACUGACUACCAUCUAUCAGCAGUUAGCAAGCUUUGUAGGAGUAAAAGUAUAUCAGUUAUCCACUUUUAUAUUUUUCUUCCAUGCUUUCCAGAAACACCGAAGAGCAGAGCUUGCCCUUUAACAGUCUAUUGCAUAGAUAGGAGUAGCAUGCAACUAUGAUAUCAUUAUUGUAAAGCCAAGCAAGUAACAGUAAGGAAAAAAUAAUAAAACAUAGUCUUCCUAAUCCUGUCACAAUGUAGAGAUAGGAGAAUAGGAAACUGUGCAGUAAGAUGAAAUGUGUAACUGGUACAAUUUCUUUGUGGUCUAUGUAGUACUGAUAAUUUCCAAUGUCCUUUCAUGCAGUAGCUUAAUAUUCUGUAGGAACUCUUGUAGCCUUAGGGUCUUUCAGCCUAUGUACAGCUUUGCCUCCAUGUAACAAUUGGCUGACGUCAAGCAGAUGGUUCAGCUCACCUUUGUCAUUCUCUUCCUUCCAUCUCCUUGGCAGCUCCUGAUUACAUUAUGGCUCAGUGAAUGUUUGUGCUAUGACUAUGAACAGCCCUUCAUGACUUGCAUCACAUCAAACUACACGACACAUCACAGAACAAAGUGAGAAUGAUAAUCAGUGACUAUACAGACUAUGCUAUACAACAUAUCAGUUAUUAGAGCAGUUGCUCGCCAUGCUGGAUCAAUCAGGAGUGCUAGCAAAGUGCAGGGAUUGUGCAAAAAUGUUAUGUUUUUUUUAAAUUGUCAAAAGCAUGUUUAAUUUGUACAAUAAUGUUUUUCUUCCUGUACAUGUGCCAUUGGCAGAAUAUAGCACACAGUAGCAAAGAACAAAAUUUUUAUUUUAUUUUUAAAAAGCAUCAAAGAUUAAUAGCUGAUCUAAUAUAAAAGGACCGCUCACUGCCCAUUUUGUGGAUUUUAAUUAUUAUCAUAACAAAAUGAAGCCUUAUUAGGAUGUGCUACUCUCAUUUAAAGGACAGUUUCACAAAAUGUCAGUUUUGGGUGUUUACAAAAAUUAAAUCUCUGCUGGCUACUUAAAUCCCCAUGGUCAUCCAUCUCCUUGAACUUCCACCUUCCUCAUGGUGGCUGUUUUCACUUUUAGGCCAUGAAGGCGGUUAUUUGCCCCGGUACUAAACCAGCAGACAGGAAUAACACAUCAAGCUGAUGUAUAGCUGAGAACCCCAGUACAGUGACAUAGCAACCAAACUCUGAUAAAUGAAUCUGACAAACCUAUCACAUUCCUGGUAAAACUCAUAUUUGUUUGGAUUUAACCUUUAAUAAGCUAUAAAGGAGGACCUUGAAAAUCCUAUUAAGGCCAUACCCAAACAAAAUGGGUCCCAAUUGCCCUAGGUUGUUGUCAAUGGCUCCUAAUGAGGCUAAAUGGCAAGUAAGGGAUGAAUCCACAGGAUGUAAGUGAUGGGUCCUUAUUUAAUUCGAUAGUCUACCUGUCUGCCAUAGGCUUUUCAGUCAUCCCUUUAAACAUUAUAGAAUGCUACCCUUUGUAUGGCAUGUUUGAAUGUUUUAAUCAGUUUGCACAUAACAAGAUAGAAAUAAAUGUUGCACUUAUGUACCAGAGCCUGCACGUAAGAAAAAGCAAGUAUCUGCUUUAGAGAACGCUCCUUUGGUUAUCUCUGGUGUUCUAGCUGUAAAUAGUGGAUCUCUCUACUCUUCACUUUUUGGAAACCAGUUUUUCUACAAUUCAUUGUAAGAUGUUUAUGGGUUUUCUAAAAAUGAAUGAAACAAAGAAUUA